AUGUAUUCAGAUAGUAGUAAUGGUAGCUAUAAUAGCUAUCCAUUAGAUAAUACACAAAUAAUGAUUACACCAGGAAAUCAUGAUACUACAAUUCAUGAUAUGAGUAGUAGUGUUGCUGCAGCUAAUGUUUAUUGGAAUAAUUCAAAUUUACCACAACAUAAUCCAUACAAUCAACUUAUGACUACUGGAAGUUAUAAUGGAACAAUGCUACCAAUGCAUUCAACAACGGAUGAUGAUUAUACACAUUCCCUAUCGGUUACUGCAUCCGUUGCAUAUCCGGUUCCAGUUUCCGCUUCUACAACUCCUGCAAAUGAUGAUGUCGUUGAAAUUGGCAAAUUAUACGAUAAUGAUAACAGUAAUCCGGGUGUUACGGUACCUCCGUCAAUGUACUCAACACAUCACAGUACCACUUGUUAUCCCCAAUAUUUCCCUUCAUAUGUGCCUCCAUUUCAACCGGAUGAUAAACAAAUGCCGGAAAGUUUAGCAAGUUCAUAUUUGAGUGGCACAGGUGAUAUGAUGAGACGUGAAGAUGUUGCUGCACCGCUUCAUUUCUACACUCAUCCUUUACAGGUUUACAAAUAA